ACAGUGUGUGUGGGACUGCACUUACAGAAUGAAUACCUAAGCACUAACAUGACCCAGAGGAAGUAUUGCACCCCUAAUUUGUUUUUCCUGUCAAAAGCAGGGGUCGCAGUUGUACUCAAAAUUGGUGUUAACCUUCUGCAGCCUGUACUCUGACUCUGACACUUCAAACUCUAUUACAAGAAGUUCAUUCAAACAAGCUUGCCACAUUUCUCCAGUUUAAAGACUUUGGUGUGAGUUCAUCAAAGCUUCUCAGGCUGGAUGAUAGAAGCAAGCAUGAAAGUACAGUAUGAUGAACUCAUUUGAUUCAUUGGUAUCGGCCAGCCAAAUCUUAAUAUCAGGUAGUUUUGUAAACGUUUGCUCGCCCGACAGCACUUCCCCCAUCAACAACAAUCUAGUAAACCCUGCCUAGCCAAAGCUAGCUUAAUGAAAUGAAACGGACCCCAGCGAAUAUUAUCAGGAGGACUGUUCCGAUUAUGUACGAGGACGUUAGCAGCGCAGUGUAGUUUAGAUGACUUUAGAUGAAGAACAGACCUGAAAGAGCUGUAUGUGUGUGUAUCUCUUUAAUAGAGAUCUUCAGGAGUAGGAAUGGACGAGCAGAAAUCAACCUGCGAAGAAAAUGAUUCAGAAAAUGCAGCUGAUGAUGGGACCCCUCCAAAGGAGAGCGUCCAGGUUGAGGGGGAACUGAGUGCUCCUGUUUCUGCAGAGGACAUCUCAGGCACUACUGUGGACACUUCCAGCUCAUCAGUGGAGACUGUCAGGGCCUGUGCUCUGUGUAACUGUGUGGAGCGUAGUCUGCAUGGACAACGGGAGCUCAGAUGUUUUGGAUCCUCUUCCGAUCGGCCCAGCUUGGAGGCCUCCGUCUCCUCUCUGCCAGCAGCUGGAAACGAUGACCUGUCUUCCAUUGGAUUCUCUGAAUCCACCUGUCUGGCAUCUCUCUUUGAUGACACGGGUAUAAUCAGCAAAUCAAUAGGGAGCUGCUGGGUUCACCACUGGUGUGCCGUGUGGUCAGAGGGAGUGGAACAGACUGAGGGUGAGGUGCUGAUAAACGUGGAUAAGGCAGUCAUCUCAGGGAUACAGCGGCCUUGUGAUUAUUGUAAACGGAUGGGUGCUACCAUUCGGUGCCGGGCCGAAGGCUGCUCACGUUUCUACCACUUCCCCUGCUCAGCUGCAAGUGGAUCAUUCCAGUCCAUGAAGCAGCUGGCGCUCCUCUGUCCAGAGCACAUCGACAAGGCUGAGGAGAUCGCCGGCGAGGAGGCGUGGUGUGCAGUGUGUGACUCCGCAGGGGACCUGUCAGGUCUGCUAUACUGCACGGGCUGUGGGCAGCAUUAUCAUGACGCCUGUCUUGAAAUCAGUGCCACACCACUUCAGCGUUCUGGCUGGCAGUGUCCAGAGUGCAAGGUGUGCCAGACCUGCAGGCAACCAGGUGAAGAUUCAAAGAUGCUGGUUUGUGAUGCUUGUGACAAGGGCUACCACACCUUCUGUCUACUGCCAGCGAUGGACUCGGUACCCCCUGACUCAUGGAAGUGCAAACGUUGUCGAGUGUGUAUUGACUGUGGCGUGCGAGGACUGAAGCUUCCUGGCUCUGAACAAUGGUUCGAGAGCUACACAGUAUGUGAAGGCUGCCAGCGCAGGCGCAUCUCUGUCUGCGGUGUUUGCAGUAAAGCCACAGAGCUCUCUGUCUCCCUGCAACAUCGCUGUGCCAUCUGCCACAGAUGGGUACACAGUGAUUGUGCCUCUCUCUCAGGGCCUCCUGAGAAGAAAUGCAUCUGUGUGCUCUGCAAAGAAGCCCCAGAUGAGUUUCCAGUCGAAUCAGAGUUGUCAUGCCAACAUGUGGAUGAGAAAGCUGAUUUGGAGGUGCCAAUGGAGUUGGGGAUUGAGUCUGAGGUUGUUGGAAUGACAGAAGUAAAAGAAAGCAUUACCGAGGAGGAACUACGGCCAGAGGGCAACGAGGUCUCCACACAUGUGCACAUUCAGGUCUCUGCUGAACUGCUGGCUCCUAAAGCUACAGUUGCAGAGAUUGAUGAAAAGCAAAAGGAAGAGGGUAUCAGCAAUGAAACAGUCACUGUGGUCACAGAGGCCAUUGAGGAAAAAUUGGAAGACUAUAAGGAACCUCCUGUGAAGGAUAGCCCGAACAGCCCUGUCCUUGACACUAUAGUGGAAGUCCAACCUGAUGUAGCCGAGACUCAUUUAGAAAGACGGGAUGAGUCACAAGGGGAAGGCAAGCCUCCUCAAACUGAGACAGAGUUGCACAGUACAGAGGAGAUCACAGAAACAAAGCUUCCAUCGAGUCCAUGUUCUCAGUCUUCUCAAAACACACUCCCUGUUUCGGAAGAGGCAGAGCCAUUUGCAGUGGACAUGGAGAUGGGGUCUGAGACACGGCAAGAGGAGGCACUAGAUAGGACUCUUCCCCCUGCUCCUGUAUCGGAAUUUCCCCCUGCAUCUGACACUGAUGAUAGAAUGGGCCAGUCUGAGGAUGAGGAAGAAGAGGAGGAGCAGGGGGUUGAAGAAUCCUUAGAGGAGGCUCUGCAAAAAGAUUAUAGUCAGGGGGAAGAUGCCCAGUUCGGGCAGGAGUCUCAAGAGACUGAUUCAAAGCCAGAGCUGGUCCUUGAUGAGACAUCAAACAUUAGCCAUGGUGAUGAGAGCAGCAGCGGAUUCCUUGGCUCUCCAGCUGAGGCAGACUCUCAGAUGCUGUCCAUGGAGCUGGUACCAGCCGGCAGGACCCGUUCUGAUUCGUUGCUCACGGAGACGGAGGACUCGUUGCCUUUUGACCCGCUGAAGCCUGAUGGAGAUAAAGUGAAGCGUCGGAGUUCUCCAGGACGCUCACGAGUAAAACAGGGCAGAGGCAACGGUUUCCCAGGGAGACGACGGCCGCGUGGCGGUGGAGGUGGAAGAGGGCGUGGGCGGUCACGUCUCAAAGCAAUGGCCUCUUGCAUAGACGCAUUUCUUUUAAGCAUGACUGCAGACACUGGACUUAGCAAAGAGGAAGAAGAGGAGGAAGAUGACACCAUGCAAAAUACCGUGGUACUUUUCUCCAACACUGAUAAGUUUGUCCUGCAGCAGGACAUGUGUGUAGUGUGUGGAAGUUUUGGACAAGGUGUGGAGGGCCAGCUUCUAGCCUGUGCUCAGUGUGCUCAAUGUUAUCAUCCAUACUGUGUGAACAGCAAGAUCACCAAGAUGAUGUUGAGAAAAGGCUGGCGUUGUCUUGAAUGUAUCGUGUGUGAGGUGUGUGGGAAGGCUUCAGAUCCUGCCCGUUUGCUGCUUUGUGAUGACUGUGAUGUCAGCUAUCACACUUAUUGCUUGGACCCACCCUUACAGACUGUGCCCAAGGGAGGCUGGAAGUGCAAAUGGUGUGUGUGCUGUAUGCAGUGUGGUGCUAGCUCCCCGGGGUUCCACUGUGAGUGGCAAAAUAACUACAAUCACUGCGGCCCUUGUGCCAGCCUGGUAACAUGUCCUGUGUGUCGUGAGAACUUCAUGGAGGAGGAGCUGCUUCUGCAGUGCCAGCACUGCGACAGAUGGGUUCAUGCUGUAUGUGAGAGUCUUUACACUGAGGAUGAGGUUGAACAAGCAUCUGAUGAAGGCUUUGCCUGUACAGCCUGCACUCCAUAUGUCCCCAGGCCUAUUGUGGAGUCUCCCAUGAUGUCUGCUUUCAAAAUGAAAGAACCAGAGCCACAGUUUUAUCGUCUUGAGGGUGUCUGGCUUACAGAGACCGGCAUGUCUUUGUUGCGUAGCAUGUCCAUGUCACCACUGCACAAGCGCAGACAACGCCGGUCUCGACUGGGCACCUUGUGUAUUGAUGAACUGAAAGAAGGCGAGAUUGAAGGUGAUGAGGGGAAAGGUGGUGCAGAUGCGAUGGAGUGUGAACCCAAACUUGAGGCCUCUGGGAGCCCAGACCGGGAUGGUGGAGUGGACAGAGAAACAGGGGUAGAUGGAAGUAUAGAGGGCAUGGGGGACUGUGAAGGUCUCAAAGGAGGAACAGAGGAGACUGAAGACGGGAAGAAGAGAAAGCGUAAACCAUACAGACCAGGGAUUGGAGGGUUCAUGGUCCGGCAAAGAAAAUGUCACACACGAAUGAGGAGGAGUCUGUCUGCCUCUGGUGAGGGUGUUCCUGAAGGGCAAACAGCUGAAACAAAACUUGAGGAAGGCCCUCAUCCUGACAUUCCUCUAGAUGUGCCAGAGGUAAAGACAAUAGAGGGAGAUGGUGAGCAAGCCAAGAAGCGCAGGGGUAGAAAGAAAAGCAAGUUGGAGGACAUGUUUCCUGCAUAUCUGCAAGAGGCUUUCUUUGGCAAGACAUUACUCGAUCAGAGUAAGAGGGCUUUUCUUGCUCCUCCAGCUCAAAGACAUACACAGGGCAUUCUGAGGCCCCCACUCCCUGGACAUGGGGCCAGUACUACAGCCUCUGAACCAGUUGAGGCCAUAGUCAGGCCGACUGUUCCCCCCAUGGAACUAAAGAAGGAGGGUGAGGGAUCCAAGCCUCCAGGCGGCGGAGCAGCAGUUGGGCCAGGAGCAAGUGGGCAACUUUACAACAAAGAUCAGAGAUCAGGAGAUACUCCUGGGUCUAACUCACAGAAGAAUGAAGAUCACCCCCAGGGACUAGAAAGUCAGGACUCUGAGCAGUUCUUCCGGAAGUUACUUGGACCCACUGAGGGGAGCUCUGUAAGUGGGGCUCUUCAGCCUAGCAUUAAGUCUGAGUGUGAGCAGAGUCAAAGUGGUUUGUCCCAAAGAAACCUCCUUCCAGCUGCUUCCAUAUCUGGUGCACUGCCCUCGACUGGAAUGAUGGACUCUUUUUCAGGUCUCUCCCAGUCCCCCUUUUUUGACAUGCGUGAUCGAGGUGGUCUUUUUAGCCCAGACCAGGAAGAGGAAAGCCCAUGGGCAACACCAUCCACACCAGCCACCCCUUCCACUCCCCCAACUCCUACUGAACAGGAAGGUGAUGGCCUCACAUACAAUCAGCGCAGUCUGCAGCGCUGGGAGAAGGAUGAGGAAUUAGGGAAUGUAUCUACCAUCUCUCCAGUACUCUAUGCUAACAUGAACUUCCCUAGUCUCAAGCAGGACUACCCUGACUGGGCAAGUCGUUGCAAACAAAUAAUGAAGAUUUGGAGGAAAGUAUCAGCAGCUGACAAGGUUCCUUAUUUGCAAAAGGCCAAAGAUAAUAGGGCUGCUCAGAGAAUAAACAAGGCACAGAAGCAAGCAGAGAGUCAAGUAUGCAGGCCUGUCAAAACUGAGCCCGGUUGUAUUCAAGGAGAUCGUCCUAAUCUGCACCUCCAAAUACCUCCACCUUCAAGCUCUGUAUCAACUUCCUCCCAGCCAAGCUCUGCUGAGAGUCCAUAUCCCCUUGCUCCAGACUCUGCAUCUUCAGCCUUUUUUCCUGAUGGACCACAUAAAACUCCAUGCUCAGCUGAAGUGCAGACAGACCCAUUUUCUAAACUUCCCUCCCAGUCUUCACACAUUCAGUCUCAGCCAUCCACCCCAUACUCGCAGCCUUCUUCCAGCCCCUUGCCGGCCUCUUCCUCAGGUUAUCCUUUGCCUGGCCCACAGGGUGCUACUCAGGGACGGCCAGUCAGUUUUGGCUCCCUUGACAUGCAACCAGGGACUCCUCGCAGGGCCCAGCAGAUUGACCCAUUCUUUAGACCACAGCAACAGAUACCCAGACCUCAGCAGUCCUCUCAGGAGGACUUACGUCUACCUGAGAGUCCUCGAGCUAGGCCUAGUGGGCUUGGAGACACUCAGAUAUUCUCACCGCCCCAUACAACUCAUUGUGGUGACCCUUACCGAGGCCAGCACGGAGGUGGCCGACAAGAGCUCAAUGCUUCAUCUCCAUCACCAUCUGCUAUAGCUUCUUCACCUGCUGGGAUGGUUCCAGUUAAUGUCCCCUCACCACGUUCUUCUUUUGGCAGACAAGAUUUAAGCUCCGGUUCUCCUGCUAGUUUGGACUCUGGAGAUGGGCUUUUUAAAGCCCCCAUGACUCCUCGUAUGCAUCAGGGGGAUGCAGGUAGCUUGUCUGUUUCACAUCCCCAAUGUGCAUCACCUAAUCUUCCUCCUGAGAGCUACCGCCAGUCUCCCUCUACAUUCUCUGACCCGUAUGCCCAGCCUCCCCUCACACCACGACCUCAAUCAGGUGACAGCUCAUCUCCUUUAUCACAAAGGCUUCCUGCAUCUCAAGAAACUUAUCAAAGAUUGCCUUCCAGCCCUCAGUCACAAGGCAGUUCUCAGUCACCUCUCACACCAGGAGCCAUUUCCAAUGAUGUACUUUCUGUGCAGUCACCAGCCACCCCACGCUUCCAGUCACCUGACCCUUAUUCCCGUCCACCUUCACGACCUCAGUCCAGAGAUCCUUUUGCCUCAGUGCAUAAACCCCCUCGCCCGACUUCUGUAACCCCUGAAGGUAACCCCCCCUUCAGAGGCUCACCCCAUCCUAGCCAACAACCCCCUUGUUCGCCCUCAGUAGCAGAUCCACUCUCUGGAAAACCCCCUGCUUUCAGCUGCAGUCCUGGUGUAGGGAUGCAAAUGGGCCAGCAACAAGUAGUUGGCCAGCAGCAAAUGAUGACUCCUCAGCAAGCUCAGGUACACCUUCAGCAGCCACAGUCCCAGACACAACCAGUGGGUGCUGAUUUUAACUCAAGAAUAGCACUUCCAUCUGGAAACCAAGAUACAACUUCUGUGCGGCCAUCAGAUGCUCCCCAUUUACCCACCAUGCCAGGGACGCAGGAUAUGUCAGACCUGUCUGGUCAGGAUCCAGCUCUUGUGAGCCUUAGUCCAUCUGAGUUAGAAAAGCACAGACAGAGGCAGCGAUUAAGAGAAUUUUUGAUCAGACAAAAAAUGCAAAGAAAUUCACUUCGCCAAGAGAAGGAAGCACCUGUGGCAAGUAAUCCUGCUUCGAGUUGGCCAGGAGAAGAGAUUACAUUCUAUCAGCAAGACAAAAGCCAACGGGCACCACCUCCUUACCCUCAGGACAGAGCUGUGAUUGCUCAGGCAGCCAUUGCCAACAGGAUGCCCCUGCCAAUGGGAGCGAUGGAUGAUAAGCUCUGCCGCCCACCGCCACCAGCAACUAUAGAGCCCAGUGCAUUAAGGCAAGCUGUGCCCAAUAUUUCUCAGGGGAUGUUUCCUUGUCCACCAUUUCCUGCACAGUGGCAAAGCCAAGGAGCUCCACGGAGGUUCCCACAUCCAUCUAUGACAGAAGCCAUUCCCAGGCAGCAACUUAAUAAUCCCAUCAACAAUCCUCUCAACAUGCAGUCAGUACAGAAUAUGCCCAAUCCUUUAGCAGGGAUACCAGACUCUGGAGCAGAUGCAGUACAGGGCUGUGUGUCAGGAGCUCCACCUCAGUUUAUAGAGUUGAGGCAUAAUUCCCAGAGGAUGCCACUGGGUCCUCAGUUUAUGCAAAGGGUGCCUGUACCCAGACCACGCCUGUUUCUUCCACAACAGGAAAUUACUGCUUUUGUUCAACAGACUUUACCCCCAUCUCUUGAUGCUUCAGCAGAGAGGAUGCGUGAUCCCAGACUUGGGUUACAGCAGGGUGGCAUGGACAUAUUGAUGCAACAACAAAGCAGUGUACCUCCUCCUCAGUCUCAAUUACAGCCCCAACAGGUGCCAACAACUACACCCAAAACACCCAUUUCUCACACUACUACUCAAAAGCUUCCUCAAACAAAUACAAUAGGAGGUCAACAGACUGUUGUGAAUCCAGUUGACUUGCCAGAGUCUGACCUAGAGGAUGCUUUUGCUCCCAAAGGACUGGGUGAUACAGUGGCAGAAACUGGAGUAGAGGAUGAUGAUCUUGCUACCCUUGACUUGGAUCCGGACAAAGGCGACGAUGAUUUAGGAAACCUUGACAAUCUUGAGACUAAUGACCCUCAUUUGGAUGAUCUGCUCAACAGUGAUGAAUUUGACUUGCUAGCAUAUACUGACCCUGAGCUUGAUCAGGGUGAUCCCAAAGAUGUUUUCUCUGACCAGUUACGGCUUGUUGAAGCAGAGGGGGAAGGAUCAGGGUCUUCUGCUAAUGUAAAAAUCAAGGUUGAAGAGAAACCAAAAGUUGAUUCAACUUGCCAGGGCACACAUGCAAUUUCCACUCAACCACCUUUGAAGACUGAGAAUUCAUCUACUACGAAUUCUUUGAGCUCUCCUAAGGUAGAGUCAUCUGAUGCCAUUGGACUGUCUUCUGUAAAACUUGAAGACAAGGGAUCAGUUGAACAACGACAAACUUCUGUUAAAGAUGACAUGGUGGAAGCUGUGUCAGUGAUGCUCAGUGGAGCAAAAACCUCAAAACAAUCAGAAACUGGAACAGCUUCAUUGAGCACCGUCCGUUUAGGUGGUAUACCUUUUCCUCUUCCCAGCCAAGCAGAUACUCUGUCUUUUCCACCAGCUACACCACAUCCAGACCUGGGUGAUGAUCCACUUGGAUUGCCAGAAGCUGGCCACCACUCCACAGCAGAUGAUCUCGACAAAGUAGAAAGCACACUAGAAGCAAGUGAAUUACCUUUGUUGAUACAAGAUCUUUUGGAGCAUGAAAAGAAGGAGCUUCAGAAGCAGCAACAACAGUUAAAUUCUCUGCAGGAAGGGAUUGGCAGUCAGCUUCACAACAUUCAGAAUCAACAACAGCCUCCUCAGGGGCCAAAUCAAAUUAUGAUGCCACAACACCACCAUCCGUCCCAGGGCCUUGUGCCUCAAGCAGGAAUGGUGCCCAGGCCACCACAUAUGUUUCCUCAACAGCAGCAGCGGUUAAUUGGUGCUGCCAUGACUUCAACUCCCCAUUCAGCAAUGGGACAGCAGCAAGGCAUUAUACGAAGUACACAGCCUGGCAGAAUUCAUCCUGGUCUUGCACCUCAGCAGCAGACAGCACCUCCCCCACAUCUUGUAAAGCAGAAUUUGGCCGACAACUUGUUCCCAGAUAAAGAUCUAGAUAAAUUCAUGACUGAUGAUAUAAUGGAUCCUAUUGCAAAGGCAAAGAUGGUGGCCCUGAAAGGGAUUAAAAGGGUAUUAGCUCAAGAUCCUAUGGGUGUACCACCUGGGAUGAAUAGGCAGCAAGUUUCACUUUUGGCUCAGAGGCUAACCUCAGUCCCAGGAAGUGAGGAUCCUCAGGUUCAGCUUGCACCUGGGUCUUCCAAGGAGGGAGACUGUGGCAACCAGGUUCAAGCAAGACCAAAUCCUCCACAAUUUGGCAUCAUCAAUGAUGCCGAGCAACAACAGUAUGAAGAAUGGCUGGUGCACACCCAGCAGUUGCUACAAAUGCAGCUGAAGUUCCUAGAGGAGCAGAUCGGAGCACAUCGCAAAUCUCGCAAAGCUCUGUGUGCCAAGCAACGUACUGCGAAGAAAGCAGGGCGUGAAUUUGCAGAAGCAGAUGCUGAAAAGCUCAAAUUGGUCACAGAGGAACAGAGCAAGAUCCAGAAACAAUUGGACCAGGUGCGCAAGCAGCAGAAGGAGCACACCAAUCUUAUUGCAGAGUAUCGAAGUAAACAACAGCAGCAUCAGCAAGGGUCUUCCAUGCUAGCUCCUGGUCCCUCUACACAGGCGCCCCAAAUGCUUUCCAAGAUUCCUGGACAAAUGAUGAUGGGCCAACAGGCAGGACCAAUUAUUGGUCAGUCACCUGGAGGGAUCCCUCAAGGAGGUAUGCCGAUUAGAAUGCCACAAAUGCAACCCUACAGUGGAGCCCAGCCUCCUCUGCCACUUGGUGCUGGCACUGUGCAACCGGUCCCACCUCCAGGCUUUUUCCCACAAGGCCCUGGAGCCCAAGGACCAGACCCAAGAGUUCUACAGGAGCAACAGUUUCGGCAUAGGAUGCAAAUGGUCCAAAAGAUGCAACAGCAGCAGCAACAACAGCAGUUGAUGUUGGGGCAGCAGCCUGGAAUUAGCCAGCAGCCCGGAGCCAUUGGCAACCAGCCAACCCAGGUUUUAAUGGGCAGUACGCUAAUGGGACAGCAACAACCAAACAUACAACAAGGAUUAAUUAACCUGCAAAGUCAGCAGGGGUUAAUGCAGCCUCCUCCAAGUAUGUUGGGGAACCAGAUUAUUGGGCAGACGCAACACAAUGUCAUGGGACAGUCAAUGACACAAACUGCAAAUAUGAUAGCAGGCCAACCACAGGGCAUAGUUGGUAAUCAGGAAAUGGUUCAACAGCUUCAGAGACCUCAGGGUUUGAUGGAUCAGCAUGGGCCGGGUGGCCAGCAUGUUAUUAGGGGGCCACCAUCACAACUCGCACCUCAGCAGCAGAGUUUAAUGGCUCAGCGCAUGCUCAUGUCACAACAACAACAGAAUGCUGCAAAAAAACUUGCUCAACUUCAACAGCAGCAAAUUACUCAACAGAAACAAUCAACACAGACUGGUCCAUCCGAGCCUCGAACUUUAGAAGCUCCAUCAGGGAGUACCGAAGGAGUUGCUGAGAAUUUGCAACAGGGGGUUCAGGGCUUUACCCAAGAUCUUCAGAAUCCUGCCCAUAAAGAUGGAGGAAUACUUAGUCCGAAAACAUCCCCCCAACAGGGUGGACCAUCUACGCCACUUCAGAUGCAGCAACAGGGAUCUACUGGAAAGCAGCAGCAAUGUGUUGUUGGACAGCCACAGCAACCACAUGCUUUUCUGGGUCAACAACAGACAGCACAGCAGCAGCCAACCCAGAACACAUGUGUAACAGAACAACAUGGCUUUGGGAGCAACCAACAGGUGGGAUCCCACAUUCAAGUACAACCACAACAACAGAUGCAACUUGGCCAACAACAAAUGCAACUUGGUCUUCAGACUCAAAACUCCAUACAAGUAAAACAGGAAGAUCAACAAAUGUGCUUAAUGUCCCAACAGCAAGGUGGUCAGAUUGCUGCACAUCAACCACAAGAUGUGCUUGGUCAGAAUAGUGCUCCGACUCAAACUACAAUGACUGGCAUUACAAAUCCACAGCAGCAGGCCCUGUUGACCAAACAGAUGGGCAUGCCUAGGGGUCAGCAGAUUAUGAUGACUCAAAGGCCUGGUCUUCCCACAGGACAAAUACGCACCCCUAUUAACAUUCAGGCCUUCAUUGCGCAGAACCCUCAACUUCGUCACCUGACUCCCAGCCAACAGUUGCAGCAAAUUCAGGCAAUGAUUGCUCAGCGACAGCUGCAGCAAGGCCAGAUAAUAAGAAUGCAAGGUCAGGCCCAGGGGCACAUUCGUCCCCAGGUCCCACAGGGGUCAGCAGUUGGUCCUCGAAUUCCAGGUCUUGAAACACAACAACAGCACCACUUUGGAUUAGCAGGUAAACGGAGUCCAGCUGGGACUCCACAGCAACCAGAAGCAUUGGGACAACCUUCUGGGAUGACUCCACAGUACCAUCAAGGCACAGUGGGGACUUUGCAACAGCCCUUUCAAGGACCCUCACCACAGUACAUCAGUAGCGCGCAGCAGCAGAUGUUGCAACAGCAACAAGUACAUCAGCAUCAUAUGAUGAGGGGGCAAGUGCCCAGGCCAAUAAUGGGUCAGAUACGUACCACAGCACCGGGACAUAUGGCAAGGCCAAUGUCUCCUCGCCAGUUAGUGAGUCAGGGUUCUCCUGUAAGCCCACUUUCCAAUCAGCAAAGGCUCAUGAGAAUGUGUCAGACUCCACCGGGCCCACAACAUCUUCAGCAACAACAGUCCCAUGUUGCAACAGCACUGAGCCCCUUUCAAGCCUCUCCCUCUCAUGCAGGCUCUCCUGCAGGGUCUUCAGUUCCAAAAGCUGGUUCAAGCCCAGCAUCUUCAAAUAAACAAGAGCCAGGCACCAAGUCUCUCUCUAGUCACUUAUCAUCACCAUCUAGGUCAGAUAGUGUUGCUGGAAAGAGUAGCCCCUUUAGCCAGACAGGGAUUUCAAUAGCCUCACCUCUGAGAUCUCCAACUGCCAAGGCUCCAAGACCUAAUACUGAAGGACUUACAGCUCCCUUUACACUCAAUGGUACAUCUCCUCAGUCAAAACAGAACCUACCAAAAGCACCAAGUGCUGCCCAAACAUCUGAGGGUCAUAUGUCUCAGCCAACUUCAGCAGCCAGUGAGAUGUGCAAGAUGAUGCUGCAAAACAUCAAACAGGAGCCGCGUGAAUUCCAGUGUGACACAGGAGGUAGUGUUGAAGCCCAUUCUGAGGCUAUUAAGAGAGAAAUUGCUGGAGAGGCAGUCAGUGUGAGCAGUGCCACUGCUAUGGCAAACUCUGCUCCGAAUUCUAGAAAUCAAGCAGGAGAUCUUGGAUCCCAAAUCCAAAGAACAGAAACAGGCCAACAGCUACUGCAGAAACUCCUCCGAACCAAAAACUUACAACUGGCAUCUCAGAGACCCUCAGAUGGUAUUCAUAAUGAAAUAAACGGUCACAUCAAUAGCAAACUGGCAAUGCUGGAGCAGAAACUUCAAGGAACUCCACGCAACAUGGAGGAUCUGCAGUCACUCACAAAGAGAACUCCAAUAGUCAAGGCCAAGCGUACUACAAAAGCUGGAGACCGUGGUCCAAACUCUCGUAAGAAAACAAAAAAAGAAGAGGUUGGAAAAACUGAGGCAAUAAUGAAGCAGCUGAAGCAAGGACUUUCUCUUCUUCCUUUGAUGGAGCCUUCCAUUACUGCUAGUCUGGAUAUGUUUGCUCCUUUUGGCAGCAGCCCAGCCAAUGCCAAGACCCAGUUGAAAGGCUCAUUUGGAAAUGCCAUGCUGGAAAAUAUUCCGGAUUACUAUUCCCAACUCCUUACAAAGAACAACCUCAGCAAUCCUCCAACACCACCUUCUUCACUUCCCCCAACUCCACCCCCUUCCGUGCAGCACAAACUUCUAAAUGGAGUGACCCCUGUAGAGGAACUAGCGGAAGGUCAGAAAGAGACAGAUGCAAAGGAAAGCAUGGGUUCUGUUCCAGAGGAGGUAAAGAGUGUAGACAUACUAGCAGCUCUUCCCACUCCACCACACAACCAGAACGAAGAUAUACGGAUGGAGAGUGAUGAUGACAGUGAUGCUCCAGACAGCAUUGUACCUGCUUCCUCUCCUGAAAGCCAACUAGGAGAUGAGGCAACUCGCUUCCCCCAUCUAUUGGAUCCCAAAGAGGAGGAUGAUGAGAGGGUCAUCUCUCCCGUAAUCCCCCUUGUUCCUCGUUCUGCCAUCCCUAGUUUUCCUGAGACAAAACCAUUUUCCUCAGCAGAUGGAAAGAUUGUACCCUCUUCCAGUCAGUGGGACAAAACCAAAAGCAAUGAAGUGUCUGUAACUUUCAUGCUUUCAUCAGCUGCAGCGAAGAAUCUCAACACAGUAAUGUUGGCUGUUGCCCAACUGCUGCACAUACAAUUGCCAAGUUCUUAUGAGGUGACCUUUCCCCAGAGUCCUGGAAGACCAGGUGUUGCACCUGGAAAAAUAUCGGACUCCUCCAACCCAGGAGCACUUGGUAUGAAGACAGAGCCUUCUGCAAGCAGCGAUGCCGAAUGGUUAAGGCAGUUUGAUAUUUCCCUCCCAGGGUGUACCUUGAGGAAACAAGUGGACAUCCUGGCUCUCAUCAAACAGGAAAGUCAAGAGCAUGAAGAUAGACCUGCUCAGCACUGUUACAUGACUAAUGUUUCGGAUCUUGACGUGCGCCAUCUGCCUGUAAUUCCUUUGGAGGUGUCUCCACCUCCAUCACCAUCCCCACCUCCUCCCCCAUCAUCUGCUGUUGAGCCUGAAAAUAUCACUCAACCUGAGUCCAAACCAGAACCAGAGGUUCGUGUUCAGACUACGUCAUCCAGUCCUUCAAGCCCAAACACCCCUGUUGAGACCAAACCUGAGAGUGCUAUAGUUAAAUUGGAAUCUCACAGCUCCCCUGUUACAAUGGAGUCUGAAUCUCAGGAGCCUGUUGUUCUCCCGCCAGAGCCUUCAUCUGAAGAACAACCCUCUGUUCCAGCCAGCUCUCCCUUGCCUUUGGACUCUCCCACAGUGGAGAUGUCCCUUAAACCCAUCAAACAUCAUAGCAGGCCCCUUUUUGAUGAAGAAGAACAUCAACGCCCCAAGGUCAAAAAAUGGAAGGGCCUGCGAUGGAAGCGUCUUCAGAUAGUCAUAACUAUUCGCAAGGGUGGAUCUAAGAAGGAGAACAGCCGUGAGGUUUCAGAGCUCAUGGAGCGCCUCCGUAUUACACUAAAACCAGACAAGCUGCCCAGAGACAAGCGCAAGUGCUGCUUCUGCCACGAGGAAGGAGAUGGCGCCACAGAUGGUCCUGCACGUCUUCUUAACAUUGAUGUUGAUCUGUGGGUGCAUCUUAACUGUGCUCUUUGGUCUACUGAAGUGUAUGAGACUCAGGGUGGGGCUCUUAUUAAUGUGGAGGUUGCCCUUCGGCGUGGACUACGUACCCGCUGUGCCUACUGUCAGAAGACAGGUGCUACUAACAGUUGCAACCGUUUGCGCUGCCCCAAUGUCUAUCAUUUUGCCUGUGCCAUUCGGGCACGCUGUAUGUUUUUCAAAGAUAAAACUAUGCUCUGCACUCAGCAUAAGCUUAAAGGACCCAGUGAAGAGGAGCUCAGUAGUUUUGCUGUGUUCCGACGUGUCUACAUUGAGCGAGAUGAGGUGAAACAGAUUGCGAGCAUCUUGCAACGUGGUGACCGCAUUCACAUGUUCCGUGUUGGUGGGCUCAUAUUUCAUGCCGUGGGUCAGCUCUUGCCCUCUCAGAUGUCUGCCUUUCACUCACCCACUGCUAUCUACCCUGUGGGCUACGAGGCCACACGAAUUUACUGGAGCACCCGUGUGCCAAACCGCCGAUGUCGCUACCGUUGUCGCAUUAGUGAGCUGGAAGGCAGGCCCCUGUUUGAACUGCGAGUUCUAGAGCAUGGAUAUGAAGACCUGCACUUCCGAGACGCUACUCCAGAUGGCAUCUGGUGCAAGAUUGUGCAGCAGGUUGCCAAGCUGCGUGAUGAAGCGGCCAUGUUGAAGCUCUUCACUGAGCAUGUCAAGGGAGAAGAGAUGUAUGGACUCACUGUCCAUGCAGUGAUGCGAAUCACUGAAUCGCUUCCUGGUGUGGAAAACUGUCAAAAUUACACAUUCAGAUAUGGUCGCCAUCCCCUCAUGGAGCUUCCUCUCAUGAUCAAUCCUACUGGCUGUGCACGAUCAGAACCGAAAAUACUCACUCACUGCAAACGACCUCAUACUCUUAACAGCACGAGUAUGUCCAAAGCCUAUCAGAGCACAUUCACAGGAGAGAUCAACACCCCCUAUAGCAAGCAGUUUGUUCAUUCUAAAUCCUCUCAAUACCGCCGAUUGAAGACAGAGUGGAAGAACAAUGUGUACCUUGCCCGCUCUCGUAUUCAAGGACUAGGUCUGUAUGCCGCUAAAGACCUUGAAAAACACACGAUGGUCAUCGAGUACAUUGGCACCAUCAUUCGCAACGAGGUGGCAAAUCGCAGAGAGAAGAUUUAUGAGGAGCAGAACCGUGGAAUCUACAUGUUCCGCAUCAAUAAUGAGCAUGUGAUUGAUGCCACCCUAACUGGCGGUCCUGCCCGUUAUGUCAAUCAUUCAUGUGCACCCAAUUGUGUCGCGGAAGUUGUGACUUUUGACAAAGAGGACAAGAUUAUCAUAAUUUCCAGUCGCAGGAUCCCAAAGGGUGAAGAGCUGACGUAUGACUAUCAGUUUGACUUCGAGGACGAUCAGCACAAGAUCCCCUGCCAUUGUGGAGCCUGGAAUUGCAGAAAGUGGAUGAACUAACAGGGACAGAGAAAGAAUCAGACCUGUCUUUGCUCCCUGGUGCCAGAACACUCCUGCGCCAAAGCCCGUUAUAUUCUUACUAUCCAGAUAAUAAGCUGUUCUGAAUUAAGGAAGACAAGUUCACUCUCACUUACCUGAAAGACAGGACUUUGUUUUUCACAGGAGCCAAAGCAUUGAAGAUUUGAUGCCACAACCUUUACAGAUGAGCUCAAAGGUAUUGGACCUGCUUGAAUCUUUCUUGUUGAUUAAAUUCACCUCUGCCAAAAGCAACUCUACUUCCUCUACUGUUUCCUCCUACAAUAAGCUGACUCUGGCUUUAAUCAGUCCCUGCUGCAUCUACCAAAAUAACAAACUAUAGCAUAUCAAUACACUUAGAUGAGAACUCAGUGAAGAUAUUUGAUUAAAGCCAUGUAAGUACUCAAAAAGGAACUAAUACACUUUAGCUUGGACCUAUACUUCCUGCUACCAUCCCGUGACCCCAGAAAAAUGCUCUCCUAUCAAAUCAUCAAAGAAGAUUGACAUUGUGGACAUUGGCAAGACAAUCCUGGAGUGGCUCUGCUUAGAACUUUGUAUCUAUGAUUGAUGAGAUAUGAUAAUGUUGAAAUACUAUUGACCUGUGGCUCAAAGGCACCAGAAGUUUUAUUAUAUUGAGUUAAAAGGUGGAUUUAUUUCACCCAGUCUACCUCAUUGAGUUUGUGGGAAGUCACUGCUUUGUAAUAAACUGUUAAGUGCUACUGUGGAAAGGGGAAGGCAGGAAUGUGUCCAUGGCAAUUGCCUUCUCAGAUAAGCAGGGAAACUUCAGCAGCAGGCUUGCUCCAAUCUAUAUUUUGCUUUCUGAUGAUUUCUAAUGAUUACAGUAGUGAGCCAAUGCAACUAUUAUUUGAUUAUAUAAAUGAAAUACAAUACAUGACAGUUCCAAAAUGAUGAUGCAUUACUUAGAGCAAUCAAAACUCAAACGGGUGUCUCCAAUGCCACCUUAUCGGACUGUAGAUACAAUGUACCUGUUUCUCUGUCUCAGCAGAUCAUGUUUUGUGUAUAAACGCUCAUCCAGAUCCUUUCAUUCUUAAUAAUGGAGCAAAUUAUGUUAGUGAUGGAUGACAAGGGCCACAGCGUAAAGUUUGAGAUGACGCAGAUCCAUAUGGGUGCAAUUUAUCUUUUUUUUUUUUUUUUUUUUUUUGUAAAAAGUUACUUGGCAAACAAAAGGUAACUAGUGAUGCAAGACUGCCACUGCAUUUGACAUGUAUUCCCAUCUUGAGUCCUUAUAUUCUGUGUUCAUUAGAUCUCCAUUUCGAUCUCAUCACUCCAAUCCAGGACCGAUAGGUGUAAGCCUCUUCCCUUCUGUGAUAGUGGACUGUUGUAAACUUACUGUAGUAAGUAUCUCUGCCUGCCGACAGCUAGUGUAUUUAAUCUAUGUAUUGUGGUUUGAUAAUGGUAGCACAGUCUACAGGCUUGACGCAGUGUCAGAGGGAGACUUAAAAAGGGCAUUUCUAUUUUCUUUUAUAUUAAAUUAAUUUAAAGCAGUUAAAUUUCAAAGGGAGUUGAACAAAGUCUCCAACAUAGCCCAAGCUACUUUGUUCCUUUCUCCCCUGACUUAUGACCUCACAUUAAAAGUAAAUGCAAAAUGUAUAAACUGUACAUAAUAGGGGACUAAACUCUUUAUCCAGCCCCUUUUUAAACAAAUUCAAAAUUGUAGAGAAAUAAAAUUCCUGAAAAAAGCAACCACUGGAUAUUUUAUCAGAAAAAAAUAAAUGUGUAUAUAACUACAAAUAUAUGUAAAAUGGCAAACUAAGUAAUAUCUUUAUGUAUAUGAACCAGAGUGUUUUUUUGCAUUUUAACUUUUUUUUUUUUUUUUUCUAUCUGCUUUUUUCCUACAAGACCAUAUAUAGUGUAACUAAACGAGGGUGUGUCUCUUUGGUCACUUGAGUGGUUGUGGUGAAUGAGACAAACAUUUAAGAUGGGAUUCAUGUUAGAAGGUUGUUCUUCAUGGAAAUAGAUACUUUUUGAAUGAAAAGCAGUAAAAUGGUGCAUAGCAUUUGUGUAUUUAUGUAAUAUUGUUCACGUAUAUUUCUUUUAUUUAUGCGACUGCUUGUGAAUUACUGAACCCUGUCCUUGAAUCAGUGACAGUUUUAUUAGUAUAUACAGUAAAUGGAAAAUCUUGAAGCUCCCAAGAUGAUACUGGUUUUGAUUCGUGUCCUGUUGUUUUUCCCCCCCUCCUUUCCUUCCUGUAGAAGUGAAUGUUUUAUAUGACUUGUGUAAAUGCCUCAUAGCCGAAGUGUGGUUUGACUUCAUUAAUCAGCAAUCUCUCCAUAAUUGCAUGUGAAUUGCACUCAAAAUUAUUUUUAUUUAUACAUCAGAUGUUUCAGAGCUAGUAUUGGAUGCAGUUAACUUCUGUUUUCGUUUAAGGGUAGUCUAUUUAACAAAGAUGCUCACUGGAUUUUAGCCCAAGUAACUCUUGCCCCCUUUUGUUAUAUAAAUAUCUUAACUUAAGGUCUCUCUACAAAUGUUGUAAUUAAAGAAUAGAUACUAAUUUUGCUUUGAACCUGACAUACUUUUUUAAAAAAAAGAUGCUGCAACUGUACAGCAGAGCUACUUUUAGGGAAGAUGAAUAAAUGAUCAUUUUUAUUGUAUGUGGCAUGUUUUGUAUGAAUAUAAUUUUGAAUUGUACAUAUUUUUUGACAUCAGAGGUUGCAUCUCUUUAUAUACGGCUGUCCCCCUACCCUCCCAACCCAUUUAUUUCUUUGUCUCUGCUUUAUUUCUUGUAAAGGAAAAUAAAAUGCAUUUUAAAUAUAAA